UUCUGUUUCUUCAUUUUUCUUUCCCUCUGUGUUGGUUGCUGCAUAUUAGAUACAACAGCCACCUCUCCCAGUCUUGAUAGAGUGGUCUUGUGUAAGAGAUGAACCUUAUCAUUCAGCUCAGCCUUAGCUCUUGGCUGUCGCUCAAACCUUUGUGAUUUUUCUAAGCCACUUUCUGUGGUUUUAGCGGCUUCCAGUAGUUGAAGGUGUGUCAAGACCUGUCAGUCUCCCAAAAGGGAGGAUCUUAGUCAGCACCUAGAUGGAGGCUGAUUGGAAGCCAGACCCUUGGUUAACAGCUUUUAAAGUAUGCAAGCAGACUUCUUUCCAGGAAAGACUGGGAGCUGGGCAUUUCUGUGUGCUCCCUUUGCACUGAGCCUUGGGUAGAUAGCCAAUUAAGAAGCAUUUCUUUGUUUGUUACUGUCCUAUGGAAUCUGGAACUAAAGCCCCACUGGCUGCCAGAGCCAGGUGAUCAAGGGGUGUAUCCCCUGGACAGCAGCCACAAAAGCCAGAGUGGUAGGCAUGUAUACAAGCUCAUUCCAGGAAUACACCAAUGACCUGAGUGGGCCAGAGGGAGAAUGUGCAGAUGGUGCCCACUGGCUUUCUUCAUCUCUGGGUAGGAUUGCAGUCUGUCCCUAGAUGUGUGCCAAAAUAGAAGCCUGACCUUCAAGAAGCAGCUUUUAAUGUAUGCAAAUAGGCUUUUUGUAGAGAAAGACUAGGAUAUGGGUGUUUCUGUCUGCUGUCUCUGUACUAGACCUGAGUUUUCCACAGUGAGUCUUCAUAAGCCCAUUAAGAACUGUUUCGAGCCGGGCUGGUACCACCAUGUUCUCUCGGGCAGGCGUCGCUGGGCCAAGUUUGAAAUAUGGCAAAUUUAAAAGAUAUUACCAGGCGACUAAAAUCAAUCAAAAACAUCCAGAAAAUCACCAAGUCUGUGAAAAUGGUAGCAGCAGCAAAAUAUGCCUGAGCUGAGAGGGAGCUGAAACCAGCUCGAGUAUAUGGGAUAGGAUCUUUGGCUCUGUAUGAAAAAGCUGAUAUUAAGGUGCCUGAACACAAGAAGAAACACCUCCUUAUUGGUGUGUCCUCAGAUCGAGGGCUCUGUGGUGCUAUUCAUUCCUCGGUUGCUAAACAGAUGAAAAGUGAGGUGGCCACACUCACAGCAGCUGGGAAAGAAGUCAUGCUUGUUGGAAUUGGUGAUAAAAUCAGGGGUAUACUUCAUAGGACUCACUCUGACCAGUUUCUGGUGUCCUUCAAAGAAGUGGGAAGAAAACCUCCUACUUUUGGGGAUGCGUCCGUCAUUGCCCUUGAACUACUAAAUUCUGGACAUGAAUUUGAUGAAGGGUCUAUCAUCUUUAAUCAGUUCAGGUCUGUCAUCUCCUACAAGACAGAAGAAAAGCCCAUCUUUUCCCUUGAAACCGUUGCAAGUGCUGAAAGCAUGAGUAUCUAUGAUGAUAUUGAUGCUGACGUGCUGCAGAAUUACCAAGAAUACAAUUUGGCCAACAUCAUCUACUAUUCUCUAAAGGAAUCCACCAUGAGUGAGCAAAGUGCCAGGAUGACGGCCAUGGACAACGCUAGCAAGAACACUUCCAAGAUGAUUGACAAACUGACCUUGACAUUCAGUCGCACCCGCCAGGCUGUCAUCACGAAAGAGUUGAUUGAAGUCAUUUCCGGUGCAGCAGCUCUGGAUUAAUGAAAACCAAGUUUCAUCCUCAGACAAGAUAUAAAGAAGGAAAAUUCAGCCAGCUGGUUUUAUUUUUAGCUUACUGCUGUCCUUGUCAGAAGAAAUUGUUGGUCCAUUGUUUAAACUACUAAAGACAGCAAGAUGUUUAUAAAUUAUCUUACAAUAAACAACUUACCAAAAGAAAAAAAAA